UUCACAAGCAUCCUAUAUUGAAUAUGUUAGUAGUAGGCCUAAAAAGUGAACCUGUUUUCUCAUAGUUGAUGAAAAUCCUUUCAAAAAUUGGUACAAAAUGUAUAAAUCAAUUGCUAAAAGGAAAUAUAAAUUGCACAAAUAGAGACUAUUUCACCUUUUCAUAUUCAUAUUAAUAUUACACGUACUUUCAAGUUUUGUGUCAUGUACGUUCAUCAUCAUGUUGUCCUUGUAAUGUACUGACCUGUACUCAUGUUAAUGUUGUCAUGAGAUUCCUAUUUAAUAAUAACACACUUCAUCCAGCCAUCGCUGAUGCUCAAGAUCCAGUCAUCACUAACUGCCCCAGCGACGUAAUCUUGACAAUUCCAAGUGGUAUUACCGAUGUCAGUGUCACCUGGCCUGAACCGACUGCGACCGAUGACUCGGGGUCUGUCGCCCUGACAGCAUCGCACGCUCCUGGUGAUGUUUUCCCUAUCGGCUUAACCACUGUGGUCUAUACCUUUUCUGAUACCUCUGGAAAUUCUGCAACCUGUUCCUUUAACGUGACCAUCUCUAGUGUUGGAAGUGGUGAUACUGUAAGGCCAGUGGUCACUGGGUGUCCAGAAGACAUCAUUCUUGAGAUCCCUUCAGCCACUAUAACGACCAUUGCGAUCUCAUGGUCAGAACCCACAGCCACCGACGACUCGGGUUCUGUCUCGUCCACGUCAACUCAUCAACCUGGAGAUGCAUUUGAUGUGGGCACAACGACUUUGGUCACGUACACCUUCAGUGACAAUGCUGGAAACAGUGCUGAUUGUUCCUUCGAUAUUAUAUUGUCCUCUUCUGGUAUGUUUCACUAAUACCACUUCUUUCUUGUAAUAUAAUUGUUCAUGCUUCUUUGGAUAACUUUCUAGAUGUUUUUGUUCAUUUUUAUUUACUAAUGCUCUAUUUAUGUGUCAGAAUACUCUUUGAAAUUGAAUAAACGUCUAAUUAUUAAUUGCUCUUUUAUUUUAGCUGUCUUUUUUAUCCAAUCACCCAGACUCCUUUAUUGGAAAUAUCCAUACGUUGGGUCAACAGUAUACCAAUGUUUACUUCUGGAGCUUACCUGAAACAUUAUGGGUGGGGCCGAAAUAAGUGAAAUAAAGAUUUUAUAGUGAUUUGAAAAAUCAGCAUGAUGGGUAUUAGAAGCUGAUACAAGAUUACUGGAUCAAGGCCUGUAUUGUGCAUGUAGUCUUUAAUAGUGCAAUCUGAUUUAUAUGCCCAUUUUUUAUGCAGCCUCCAGUGACGGCACUGACCCUGUCAUCACUGGGUGUCGUGUAUGUCCCCGAAGUAGUUUGUCCAUUUGUUCUUAGUAUUGCGACUGCUUGUAUCCAUAUAUGUAUAUAUAUAUAUGUAUAUGUAUAUAUAUAUGUAUCCUGGCAUCUUUCAUGUUUGGCUAAUAAUGAUUGAAGACUGUAGUUUACAUGCAUGUCUUCGUCAUAUCAUUCAUCCUAUUAUCCAUAUGAUCUCAUCAUCUCAUUAUCUCAUU